CCGGCAGCGCCUCGCUGCCCCGGGAGCCGCUGUUCCCGCGUACGCAGUUUCCAUGGGGACUGAAGAUGGCGCCGCGAGGUAAACGCUUGUCCUCUACGACUCUGGAAAUCCUGUUCUUUCUGAAUGGCUGGUAUUAUGCUACAUAUUUCCUGCUGGAACUCUUGAUAUUUCUGUAUAAAGGUCUGCUAUUACCAUAUCCAACAGCCAACCUAGUACUGGAUGUGGUGAUGCUCCUCCUUUAUCUUGGAAUUGAAGUUAUUCGACUGUUUUUUGGUACAAAGGGAAACCUCUGCCAACGAAAGAUGCCACUUGGUAUUAGCGUGGCCUUGACUUUUCCAUCUGCCAUGAUGGCCUCCUAUUACCUGCUGCUACAGACCUACGUUCUCCGCCUGGAAGCCAUCAUGAAUGGCAUCUUGCUCUUCUUCUGUGGCUCAGAGCUGCUGCUUGAGGUGCUCACCGUGGCUGCGCUCUCCAGUACGGACAGGAUUUGAAGUACAGAAAUUUCUGCCAGCAGCCUUCAUGGGCUGACACCGUACUUCUGGUACUUUAGCCACACCAUGGGAAUUCGGUGGGUCAAGUUGUCCUGGGAAAGGUUGCAGCUUUUCCUCAACAUAGACAUUUGGGCAGCAAACCGGGCAUAAGGCCAUUGGGCACCAUCUUCUAAUCCAGGACCAUCAGCAGACUCUUCUAUACUCCAGUAUAGGGAGGGGCAAGGCUAUCCCCAUCCUGGCCCUUCUCAGAACCAAUUCCCUGCUGACUUCAAGUUCUCCUCUUUGACCAUCGUGGCCAGAGCAUCUUGUGGGAACCAUCUGGGCUCCUCGGGCUUUGAGCAGAACCUGAGCCACACACUUCCUGUACAUGCUGUGCCAGACCUGUUCCGUGUGAGCACAGAGCCUCACGAUGGUGUGCUCUCAGAGUUUAUCAAGAGCCUCUCAUCCCAGUCCUCAGAGACUAAGCUCCAGAAGUUUUUUAGUAGCUGAUAUACUGUUAUUUUUCUAUUCUCAUCAUGAAACAAACUAUUUUAUAAUAAAUAUGUAUUUUCUGUUGUGGUGGUUGCAGCCCUUUCCUUAUGGCUCUGUUCCCUAGAAUUUCAUCCACUCCGAGAGAGGGUAGAGACUGUGGCAGCAGUUCGUUCUCAGGUUGUGGUUGGUUAUAUAGUAUGGUGUAGUAUGGACACAAAAGGGCAGUGAUGAAGGUAACUUUUUUCCCUGAACUAACCCCUAAAAGCACUGCCAACCUCUUUUAUCUUCUUCAGGUCUGUCAUCCUGCAAAAACUUGCCUAUAGCCUCCACUUCUGCCCUAAAGUCAGCAUCUUAUCUCUCAUUUCUUUACAGAUAAGUUGCCAGCUACUUUUCAAGGCAGGGC